AUGGAGAAUGAGCUACCGGUCCCACAUACAUCUAGCAGUGCCAGUGUCACCAGCAAUACCAGUGGGGCCAGUAGCAGCAGUGGCUGCAACAAUGGCAGCAGUGGCGGGAGUGGCCGCCCCACUGGGCCCCAAAUAUCUGUGUACAGUGGUAUCCCUGACCGGCAGACCGUGCAGGUGAUCCAGCAGGCCCUGCACAGGCAGCCCGGCACGGCAGCACAGUACCUGCAGCAGAUGUACGCAGCCCAGCAGCAGCACCUCAUGCUGCAGACGGCGGCCCUCCAGCAGCAGCACCUCAGCAGUGCCCAGCUCCACAGCCUGGCGGCUGUUCAACAGGCGAGCCUGGUGGCCAACAGACAAGGGAGCACUUCAGGCAGCAGUGUGUCUGCACAGGCCCCAGCCCAGUCAUCUUCGAUCAACCUGGCCGCCUCCCCAGCAGCAGCCCAGCUCCUCAACCGGGCUCAGAGCGUCAACUCUGCAGCAGCCUCAGGCAUCGCCCAGCAGGCUGUGCUCUUGGGCAACACAUCGUCCCCAGCCCUGACUGCGAGCCAAGCACAGAUGUAUCUAAGGGCACAGAUGGCCCAGCCAGGUAACCUGGUGCAGGUAGCUAGGAGCCUAGGCGGCACUGUUCCUUUGUCCCCUCAGCUCAUCUUCACGCCCACGGCCACCGUCGCUACUGUGCAGCCUGAGCUCGGCACUGGCUCCCCCGCCCGGCCCCCCACCCCCGCCCAGGUACAGAACUUGACCCUCCGAACACAGCAGACACCAGCUGCAGCAGCCUCGGGCCCUCCCCCCACUCAGCCUGUCCUGCCCAGCUUGGCCCUGAAACCCACGCCUGGCAGUAGCCAGCCUCUGCCUACCCCAUCACAGGGCAGAAACACUGCUCAGGGUUCCCCCGCAGGUGCCAAGCCUGGCAUAACUGACAGUGUGAUGGAGCCACUCAAGAAAGGAGAUGGCAGCGGCAGUGUGCCAGGGAACAUGGAGGGCCGGGCUGGGCUCGGCCGGGCGGUUCCUGCUGUGGCUACCCACCCCCUCAUUGCACCAGAUGAGGAAACUGAAGCUCUGAGGGCUCAUCACGCACUUACUACACACGUCACUCAAAGUCACUUAAGUACCUAUGCUCAACUGCAGCCACACCAGCUCCUGCCACAGCCAUCAUCAAAGCACCUGCAGCCCCAGUUUGUGAUCCAGCCGCAGCCGCAGCAAUCUCGGCCUGUGCUCCAAGCCCAGUCCCAGCCCCAGCUCGCCUCAGUCUCUCCCAGCGUGGCCCUGCAGCCCGGCUCAGAAGCCCAUGCCAUGCCACUUGGCCCAGUCACACCUGCCCUGCCACUGCAGUGCCCCACUGCCAAUCUGCACAAGUCUGGCAGCAGUCAGCAGGGUCACGCUCCUACACCAGACCCUGGGCCUCAGAAUGGACACCCUGAGGGUGUAUCCCACACCCCUCCACGCAGGUUCCAGCACGCAUCAGCUGUCAUCUUGCAGCUACAGCCUGCUUCCCCAGUGCCCCCGCAGUGCACCCCUGAUGACUGGAAGGAAGUGGCACCUGGUGAGAAGAGUGUGCCUGAGACUCGGUCUGGCCCAUCACCACAUCAUCAAGCCAUUGUCACUGCCAUGCCCACUGGCCUGCCUGUACCCAAGAACCCCAACAUCCAGCAGUCCCCAGCUCACGAGACAGGGCAGGGCAUUGUUCAUGCACUGACCGACCUCAGCAGCCCCGGCAUGACCUCAGGGAACGGAAACUCUGCCUCCAGCAUCGCCGGCACUGCCCCCCAGAAUGGUGAGAAUAAACCACCACAGGCCAUUGUGAAACCCCAAAUCCUGACGCAUGUUAUCGAAGGGUUUGUGAUCCAGGAGGGGGCGGAGCCUUUCCCGGUGGGACGCUCGUCCCUGCUGGUGGGGAAUCUCAAGAAGAAGUAUGCACAGGGGUUCUUGCCUGAGAAACUUCCACAGCAGGAUCACACCACCACCACUGACUCGGAGAUGGAAGAGCCCUAUCUGCAAGAAUCCAAAGAGGAGGGUACUCCCCUCAAACUCAAGUGUGAGCUCUGUGGCCGGGUGGACUUUGCCUACAAAUUCAAGCGUUCCAAGCGCUUCUGUUCCAUGGCUUGUGCAAAGAGGUACAAUGUGGGGUGCACCAAACGAGUGGGACUUUUCCACUCAGACCGGAGCAAGCUGCAAAAGGCAGGAGCCACGACCCACAACCGCCGCCGGGCCAGUAAAGCCAGUCUGCCCACACUUACCAAGGAUACCAAGAAGCAGCCAACAGGCACCGUACCCCUUUCAGUUACUGCUGCCUUGCAGCUAACACACAGCCAGGAAGACUCCAGCCGCUGCUCAGAUAACUCAAGCUAUGAGGAACCCUUGUCACCUAUCUCAGCCAGCUCAUCCACUUCCCGCCGGCGACAAGGCCAGCGGGACCUGGAGCUCCCCGACAUGCACAUGCGGGACCUGGUGGGCAUGGGACACCACUUCCUGCCAAGUGAGCCCACCAAAUGGAACGUAGAAGACGUCUAUGAAUUCAUCCGCUCUCUGCCAGGCUGCCAAGAGAUAGCAGAGGAAUUCCGUGCCCAGGAAAUUGAUGGGCAAGCUCUGCUGCUGCUCAAGGAGGACCACCUGAUGAGCGCCAUGAACAUCAAGCUGGGGCCUGCCCUGAAGAUCUACGCUCGUAUCAGCAUGCUCAAGGACUCCUAGGGCUGGCCCGGGCAGCCAGGAUUCUGGCCCAGGGCUCCUUCUCCCGAUUGAGCAGAGCAGACAGACAGACAUUCCUAAGGAGCCCAGAAAUGGGGCCAGUCGGAGGGAAGGAGCUCUCCCUAGGGGCAUGGCUGGUGAGGAGGUCUGGGCACCUCCUCCAUGGCUCUCAGGGGCCUUUCAUUUCUGUGAGAGGGGCAGAGAGGUAGGUGGCGCUGAAGAUGGGGCUUUAUGCUUGUAAAUAUUGAUAGCACUGGCUUCCUCCAAAGUCCCAAUACUGUAGCCCCCGCUCUCUUCCCCUUUCUCUGUCCCCCAUUUUCCAGGGGGCAAAUGGUCAGGGCUCCCAACCUCAGUUGGGUUACUUCCAAGGGCAGCCAGCAGGCCUGGAUAGAGGCCUAGAAAGCCCUUGCGUUCCUUCCUCCCACUUCUUUCUCCAGGCCUGGUUAACUCUUCCGUUGCCAGCUUCUCCCCCUUCAGCCUGCUUCUGCAGCAGCAGGGUUCUCCCCCCUACACCCUCUGCAGGUGGAGAGAGAGAAGCUGGGCCCAGUUGGGCCAUGCCUGCUGGCACAGACGCCUUAACGCUGUGUGUAUGACUGUAUGACUGUGUGGGAGCCUGGACUGCCAGAUAGGCCAAGAGUGACCCUCUGGCAUCUCCAGGUGUUUUGUAGUAAACAGCCACUUAGUGCUUUGUCCUGGACUCCUCCAUCUCAGGAUGGGGAAUAGCAAAGAAGGGCAGCCUCAGUGUGGAGAGGCAAGAUCAGAGAGAUGGCGAUUCGAUUUCCCUUUCCAGACUUGUCACAGCGUCUCUGACGACCCCUCCCCACACCUUGAAGUUCCCCUGACUGCACUCCUGGCUCACAAACAGCAUUAAGAAAGCUGCUGGUGGGCUGGGCUGCAAAGCCCAGAGGGCAGAGCCAGGCCAUGCCUCUUGAUCUGCCUGCUACCCACCUUCCAGCACCAGUGAACUCUGAGGGGAGAGAACAGCUGGAGUCACCCUGAUGUGAAGAAGGCAGCUCUUGGCCUCCUGCUCCCACACUUCUUUGCCUAUAAAACUUGGUGGCAGCAGUUUGAGCUGCCUGAGGAGGCAGGGCAGGAAGGGCGAGGGCCUGCCUCUGACUUGCCCUGUCCUUUGCAGGCUCCUGAGAGUGUCCUUUGCAAGAAGGGGGUGGAUACCUUUCUCAGCUUGUUCUAUCCCCCCACCCCCACCCCAAGCCAGGGUUGGAAAUGAAGGACUUUUUUAACCUUUUUGUUUUUUAAAAAUAAAUCUGUAAAAUCCA